AUGGACUCAGAGCUUAUAAUAAACGAUUCAAGUAUACUGUCGAAGGAGCAGAGCAAUAUAGAGCCGGAGUGUCAGAGCCUACAGCCGGAGCCGUUGACAAAGCCGCAAGGAAAAGUGCUAAAGAAAAAAGCCCGAAAAGGACAGUCAGAAGAAGAGUAUUUGGAACAAAAAACCCAGUUUUAUCAAGAAGGCCCAAGAAUUAACACUGAAAAUUGGCUAUACGAUGAAAAUAUAUUGAAGAACCUAGACUCGAAUAAAAAACCGGAUAGGGCCCAGAUGAUUCUAGCUUGUGAAAAGGCGUAUUUUCAACGAGAUUAUGAAAAAUGUCUCGAACUUGUUCAAUUGGCAGAAAGUAUAUUUGAGGUUGAACCACAAGAUGUAGCAUGCGAUAAGCCAGAAACCAAGGCCGCUAAGAAAAAGAUAAAGCAUCAUGUUGUUGAAUUAAUGCAUAUCAAGGAAAGUUGUCUCAAGAAAUUACAAUCCUAA